GCUUAAACUCGCUUUCUCUCUCUCUAUAAAUUCACAAUCUUUCUUUACAUCUUCAUCAUCUUCUCACUACUAAGUUCUAACAAUCUCUCUCUUAGAUCUCUCAAUAUCAAACUCUGCAUUUCUAUCAUGGCCGAUUCCGAUCUCAAUUCUCAAUCGAUCGCCGCGAACGAGGAAGAAGCGCAGCGAUUGAAGUACCUUCAGUUUGUUCAAGUAGCUCUCUUACAGGCAGCGAUUGGCUUCUCCCGUCUAUACGGCUACGCCAAGAACAAUUCCGGUCCUCUCAAACCCAGCGUUGAAACCGUCGAAGGAACCGUCAAGGCUGUUGUCGGUCCUGCCUACGGCAAAUACCAUGAUGUCCCAAUCGAACUCCUCAAAUUCGUUGAUCGCAAGGUUGAUGAGUCAGUUACUGUGUUGGAUAAACGCGUACCUCCAUUGGUGAAGAAAGUUUCAACACAUGCAGUUUCAGCAGCACAGAAUGCACCUUCAACAGCGAAAUCAGUUUAUGCAAAGUAUGAACCAGCGGCUAAGGAUAUAUACAGUAAAUAUGAACCUGUGGCUGAACAGUAUGCUGUAUCGGCAUGGCAAUCACUGAAUCGUCUUCCUUUGUUUCCUAGAGUGGCUAAUGUUAUGGUACCAACUGCUGCUUAUUGUUCAGACAAGUAUAAUGAGACUGUUAUCAGUACUGCGGAGAAAGGGUAUAGGGUUGCAUCUUAUCUUCCUUUAGUUCCAAUGGAGAAGAUUGCUAGGGUUUUCACUCAGGAAGCUUCGGCACCAGCAGCAGCAGCAAAUUAGGGUUUUUUUUAUGGUUUGAAGAAGGGUUUGUGUUUUUCUGAAUUUCUUUAAUUUUCUGUAAAGGAUCUUGAACUUCUUGGUGUUUGGGUUUGCAGCAUUUUCAAUUAAAACUGUGUUUCUUUUAA